UUCCUUGAUUUGGCAAUCCUGAUUUUGCCAAACGAAAUCGGGCGUUCGCCGUCGCAGCCCACAUCCCAGCCCGCAUCCAGCGCACCGCCAUCGCCAGCACGCUCGGCAUGUCCGGGAGCACAGCGCCCCGCAGCCCUGUCAAGUACACUUAUGGCAGAAAGCGACCGAGGGACGACUCGAGCCCAUGGUCUGUGCAUACACCUGGCUCGCCGCUCUCGCCGUCCAGAGUGAGAUCACCGUCUCGGCCUCCGUCACCGCUACCGCUUCGGUCGCAGUCGCCCCCGCCAUCGCAGCCGUCUCCUCCCGGCCCUCUGAGCACCGGCACCGAUACCACCGGGGAUCUCCCGGACUUGGCCAUCAAGGAUUCCCUUCAAGAUCUGCCACCCGAGCUGCCACCCGCCAAGCGACCAAGCGGCACUGGUCGGCUGACGGAUUACUUCAAGCCCGCCUCAGCACAAACACGAUUGGCUUCAGCUGCAGCCUCUCCAGAUCCUUCCAAGCCAGCCAAGGCAACCAUGGACCAGCUCCUGUACAAUUCGAACACCGAGUCGCUGCGGCCAGGCACAUACAAGUCGCCGCGCACCCCGGGUACUCUGCUCUCGCCAAAAUCAAAGAGAUCCGCCAAGGACUCGUUCCAGCAGCUCUUUCUGGAUCUCGGACAGAAGCAGUCGGGAAUACGAAAAUGCCGUGUCUGUGAGAUGGAAUACAGCGUCGGUCACCCUGACGACGAGAAGAUGCAUGAGCUGUAUCACAAGGCUGUUGUCAAGGGGAUCGAGUUUCAUAAUAUCUCGGCGGACUGCAUCGUGCGGACAUUCACUGAUGACGGCGCUCGGAUCGCUCAAGUCACCAACGAUUGCAAGGCAAAUGAGCGGAAAAAGGCCAGAGAGGUUAUGUCGUUUGUCAACCAGGAGCUGGGCUCCUUUGCCUUUACCGAGGAAGAUUUCGCCGAGUGCAAGAUCUUUAUCUAUGUCACGCGCCGGGAUCAGGUUGUCGGAUGUGUUGCCGCCAAGCAAAUCACCACGGCGUUCCGGACCAGCACCAGUACCGGCACCGGCGCUUCCACAGACGAUACCGCUCUGGGUAGCGUGCUUUCUCGAAGCGACGAGCCCGUGGACUGUGUCUGCGGGAUAUCUCGCAUCUGGGUCGCCCGAUCAGAGCGACGCAAGGGCAUUGCCUCCCGGCUCCUUGACACAGUCUGUCGGAGGUUUGUCUUUGGGACGACCCUGGAUCGCGCACAGCUGGCGUUCUCCCAGCCGACGCUUGAGGGCCAGAUGCUCGCUCGCUCGUUCACGGCGCAGGCCGACUUUUUGAUAUUUGGGUGACCGGACAGACAGGGCCUUGUUUAGAUGCACUGCCGCCAUGGGGCGGGGCGCUUGUUGGCAGCCACACGAGCGCGCCCUUGUUUGGUGGGAGACAAGCCGAAAUAUAUGCUGUAUAAUGUUCUGGCGAGUUA